UACCCUAGUCCCCCAACCAAACCCAACCACCCCACGCCCCCAACUCCCCAACCGGCAAUCAUGUGCCCCAUCCCCCUUCCGUCUUCACGCGAGUGAUGCCUUCUGUCCUUGGGUUCAUAAAGCUUCUUCAGUUGAGUUAAUUGGAGAUAGGCGGCUUCUUUCAGAUCCCUGGAGAACUUGGGGGGAAGUAGACUGUGAUGAGCAGCUUGUUUCAUGCAUAUUUUUCGGCGUUGUUACCAAAGGCUUGCCAGGUUGUUGUGAGGAGUGCAGUUUGUGGAUUUUCGUCGCCCUCAUGGAAAAGAAGCUUUCAGUAUGUAGGUAUUAGAGCUGCUAAUUUGGAACAUUUGUUGACGCGAAUUCGCUGCCAGUGCUAUUCAUCUAAGAGUUCUACAACUAAAAAGAAGAAGUCUGCAAAGAAAUCGGUGAUGAAGGAAGAUAGGGAGGCGUUCUUUGUAGUGAGGAAAGGGGAUGUUGUUGGUGUCUACAAGAGUUUGAGUGAUUGUCAGGCUCAAGUUGGAUCCUCGAUAUGUGAUCCUCCUGUAAGUGUAUAUAAAGGUCAUGCUAUGCCCAAGGAUGCAGAGAAAUACCUUCAAUCUUGUGGCCUUAAAAAUGCUCUUUAUUCUUUUAAAGCUGAAGAUUUUACUGAAGGACUUUUUGGCCCUCUUUCACCAUGCCACUCUUAUCAGCUUCCUUCUUCUUCUAGAGGUGAAACAUCUAGCGAGCUUGUGUCCAGGAAGAGGCCACAUGAUGCAAUAUGGUCUGGAUCUGGGCGGUCUUGCACUCUAGAGUUUGAUGGUGCAUCAAAAGGAAAUCCGGGGCAGGCUGGUGCAGGAGUUAUACUCCGGGCUGAUGAUGGAAGCUUGAGUUGUAGGUUACGCGAAGGUUUAGGCACAGUGACCUGUAAUGCUGCUGAAUAUCGAGCUAUAAUUUUAGGGCUGAGAUAUGCAUUGGAUAAAGGUUUUUCAAGUAUUCGUGUUCGGGGUGACUCUAAGCUUGUUUGUAUGCAGAUUCAAGGUUUAUGGAAGGUAAAAAACCACAAAAUCGCCAUCUUGUACGAGGAGGCAAAAAAAUUGAAGGAUAAGUUUAUGUCAUUUCAGAUCUUUCACGUGCUGAGAGACUCGAACUCUGAGGCCGAUGAACAGGCAAACUUGGCCGUUGAGCUUGCAGACGGCCAAAUUGAGGAGGAGGAAAUUGAUAAAUAGCCUACAAUAAGGUGAUAUGAUAUGGAGUCCUCCAUGCGAAAUACAUGGCUUGGAAUGAAGUUAUGUUGACUCUUUUCUCCAAAGGGUUCCAUCUUAAGCGCCAACCUAAUUCUGCAACAAUUAACCCUAUAAUAUUUCGUGAUUUAGACAUUAACCCUAUUAGGCUGUGGUUCACUUCAGUUUGUUCACUGGUAUAAGCCAGCACUUAAGAUAUUAAUGUUGCAGAUCUCUCAUUGCAUUUGUUGCCAAACAUGUAAAUUGUAGUCUGGGGUAAGCUAUUAUUCACAGUACAAAGUGCGAGAUGGGAUAGAGGUUUUAUGCAUUGAGUUUUCAGUUCUCAUUGGCAUUGAAAUUGGAGAGCUCAAUCCAACCGAGGAGUUCAGGAUUGACCUUCUGAAAUGGUACAGAAUCCAUUGCUGUUGCUCUCCUAUGUAAUUCCUCAUUUCAUUUCGAGUAUCAGAGCAAACAGCAAAUGUAUCAAUGCUGCUAUUGAAUAAAUUUAACCUGUUUCUCA